AUAGUACUCACGUCAUUGGAAAUUAGUAUUAGUUCAAUAAAAAUGAGUUUCAUAUUCCCACAGCUUUGGGCAAAUAACAGCAAUAUAACCUUCGUAUUGAACUCAUCACAUUUAUCAAAAUAUCGACAUUUAUUAAAAUGGAAAAAUAAAGCAUCUAUUCUGGAAUUUGGUUUCGCAAACGGACACAAUUCAAACCAGGUUUUACGUCCUCUUUUACCUAAUGAUUAUAAGGAAUUUAUUGGUAGCGAUAUAUCUAAACAAAUGGUUGAAGAAGCUAAGAAAGAAUUUCGUAUGCCCAGAUCAAAUAUUGUUCAAAUGUCUAUUGAUGGAAAUAUUCCGGAUGAGUUCCAUAACCGAUUUGAUCAUGUAUUCAGUUUUCUAACUAUGCACUUAGUACAGAAUCCCAGACAAGCCUUCAAAAAUAUUUACCAAAUUUUAAAACCCGGAGGUUGGAUGUUUUUGACUUUUUUCGAACGAACUCCGGUCGAUGACGUCUUUGACAAAAUAUCAAAGAAUCCAAAAUGGAGCAAUUAUAGACAAGACGAAAUGAUAUCCAAGUACUAUUAUAGUGACAAUCCACAAAAAGGAUACAGAAAGGAUAUAGAUGCGGCCAAUUUUAAGGAUUACCAUUUUAAUAUCGAAAAGGAUACUUACGAAUUUGGCUCUAUUGAAGAAAUGAAUAACCUAGCCAUUGCAGUAAAUGCUACGAUUCCCAAUAUUCCUGAAGAAUUAAUGAGCGAAUACAUCGCUUACUUUUUGAAAGAAGUUCAAAAUGGUAAAUUGGUUAAUCUAACCAAUAAAGAUGGAAAACAAUGUGCUUGUUUCAACACUACAACUUUCAUUGUGCAUGCUACAAAACCUUAAAAUAAAAAUACUUGAUGAGUACGUCUAGGUAUUUAAUAUUAUUUUUUUAAUUUUGUUUUAUUAAAAAUUCGUAUUUAUAA